GGCCUCUGGACGGAAGAAGACUAGAUAAUUCAAUGAAACAGGUCUAGGGUUGACCCGAAAACCGACACCUUCGGGCGCAAUCACCUACAUGCAGGGCACACCAUUCUCGACACGCCGCUCGUGACAGGUUCCCUGGCGAUCAUUGGAUAUACCACAGCCAAUCUGACAAAACACCAUCUGACUCAGGAUAAAUACCUUCCACAGCACCAACUCAUCCUCACCCUCACCCGCCCUCGGCUACCCAAUCACCAUGCGCGCCUACUACUUCGACAACGCCCCGGGCGACCAGCGCCUCCUGCACGACUCGGGCACGCCCGUCCCCGCCGACGCCCUCCGCUCGCUCGGCGUCCUCAGCUGGCACAUCCCCGUCGACGCGGACGACAACUACAUCCAGGCGAUCGACCAGAUCGCGCGCGAGCGCGACUACAAGAACCGCGACACGAUCAAUAUCACCAAGGAGGGGCUCGGCGAUGCGUAUGAGGCGAAGUUGAAGAUGUUCUUUGAAGAACACAUGCACGAGGACGAGGAGAUCCGGUACAUCCUCGACGGCAGCGGCUUCUUCGACGUCCGCGAGCACCCCGUGGACUCAUGGGUCCGCAUCCACGUCGAGCAGGGCGACCUCGUCGUCCUCCCCGCCGGAAUCUACCACCGCUUCACGCUCGACGAGAAGAACAUCAUCAAAGCUAUGCGCCUGUUCAAGGACGAGCCCAAGUGGACACCACUCAACCGCGGCUCCGCAACGGACGAGAACCCCAUCCGCCACGAUUACCUCGCCAGCGUGGCUGCCCAUUGACGGAGGAAGGAUUGAGGAAGUUGUACCAGCUGUAUCGAUAUACUUAUGCUCAGAGCGGAAGUUACUGUCUCCAAUGAUAACACCCAUGUUGUAAA